ACUCCUCCCGGGGGUCACAUGACCGGGGAAGAUGGCGGCGCGCAGUGUCUCUGUGUUGGUCGCUCUCUUUUCUCUGGUCGGUCCGGUGACGGUCGGGGCGGAUUGUGGCUGCGGAUCGGCCAGCAGGGGGGGCGGGGCUCCCGGAGAUCACACCCACCAGACGGCGACGGCAUUCAAAUACUCCCGGGAGGCCAAUGAGCGGAGGGGCGGGAUGGUUUUGCUCCCCUCGGGGGCGUUCUCUAUGGGGACGGAUGACCCCGGGAUCCCUCCGGAUGGGGAGGGGCCGGCCCGGCGGGUUCACAUCGAUUCCUUUUAUAUGGACAUGUAUGAGGUCAGCAAUGCGGAAUUCUCCCGGUUUGUGGAGGACAGCGGUCAUGUGACCGAGGCAGAGACCUUCGGGGACUCCUUUGUAUUUGAAGGACUGCUGAGUGAGAAAGUGAAGAGCGGGAUCGAUCAGGCGGUCGCUGCUGCCCCCUGGUGGCUGCCGGUGAAAGGAGCGGACUGGAGGCAUCCGGAGGGGCCCGACUCCGACAUCGCCCCCCACAGAUUGGAUCAUCCGGUUCUUCACGUCUCCUGGAACGACGCCGUCGCUUUCUGCUCCUGGGCCGGGAAACGCCUUCCGAGCGAAGCGGAGUGGGAAUACGCCUGCCGGGGCGGCCUGGAGAACAGACUCUUCCCCUGGGGGAACAAGCUGGAGCCGAAGGGGCAGCACCACGCCAACCUCUGGCAGGGCGACUUUCCGACCACCAACACCGGAGAGGACGGAUAUGUGAAGACUUCGCCUGUCACCGCUUUCCCCCCCAAUGGUUUUGGACUUUACAAUAUGGUGGGAAACGCCUGGGAAUGGACGGCAGAUUGGUGGACCACCCAGCACUCGGCCGAUGAAGCUCGGAACCCGAAAGGUCCGAUCUCCGGGAAGGACCGAGUGAAGAAGGGCGGAUCAUACAUGUGCCACAAGUCUUAUUGCUAUAGGUACCGAUGUGCGGCUCGCAGCCAGAACACCCCGGACAGCUCCGCCUCCAAUCUCGGCUUCCGUUGCGCUGCAGACGCCAACUAGCCCGGCCGAAGCGGCAGCAGCAGCACCGAAGCCAAUCACAGGCCGGGACACCCCCGUGUGGAAAGUCCCAUCACAGACUUGAAGAUUUACAAUCAUUAUGUGUGUCAGCCAAUCAGAAAUUAACCAAUCAUGAAGCUGCAA